UCCCCAUGGCCGAUCCAAGUUCCUCGUCGUUCACUGAGGUUGUCAAACAAGUAGCGCAAGAACAUUACACGCAGGCCUCGGAGAUAGGGAAGAGCCGGGCCGCUCUGGGACAGCUGCAGACUCACCUUCAGGACCUUGAGACCCGAAUAAAUCAGUUUGUAAGAGAAACCCAGGCCGUGAAAAGGCAAAUUUGUCAUCACGAUGAAGCCGCAACGACUGCAACCCAUCGCUGUGAGAUGCUGCAGGCUCAGAUCGCAGCCUUGUAUGCCAAGAACUUAAAGCUGAAAUUUGACACAGAGACAUGGCAAGAGGGAUUUCAAAUGAUGCUGCUAAGAAACGAGACCUACAGGGAGAACAUCCAAACUCACAGAGGCCGAUUUGGGGAGGCAGAAAGCAAAUGGCCACUUAUGGUUGAAGUUGCUAACAGAAGAGCCACUGUCAAAGACCUGGUUGCUAAGAAGGAAGAGUUACUGUCUGCAUUUGACAAUGCCAAAGGAAAUGUUGCUGGCUCAGUACAGGAUGAAAUUGUGUGUUUAGAAAGUGAGCUUAAUGUAUUGAAAGAAAUGGUCAGUCAAAGGGAAAACACUCUCCAAGAUGAAUGGAAUAUUCACAUUAGACUACAAAAGGAAAUUGAGGUGGAGAAUAAAAGGUGUGGGGCUAUCUUUAAACGUCUGCGUUGCCAGGUGAACAAACUCCAGGCGAGCCAAAGGCAGGGCCACUGGAACAUUCAGAAGAUGGAGCACAGAGCAGCAGAGUUGAAGAAACUCCUUGGGAUGAGUGAUUGACAGUUGGGGUAGCCAGUCCAGGCAUGGCCUGCCCUCUGUGCACAGAAGAAAAAGAGUUUUGGCUUAUUGCCUUUAUAACUUGUUCUGUCCCCUAUUUUGUAAGUUCCCCUCCUGGCAAAAAUGCAUGUCUUGCCAACACUUUGGGCUGCAAAAGCAGUGAGCCUGAAGCAACCAUUUGCCAGCUUCCCUGGCAUCACUGCCUGCCCAACACUUGGCCGGCUGUUCUGUCGUAAUGACUGCAUUCAGGCCUCACAAAAAUAUGGAAGCUAAGCCACCAAGCAGAACUGAUUCUGGAUUAGUCUCAUCACGUGUGAAGCCAGCCUGAGGGUCCAAACAAAUGGAAAAUGAUAGAAAUUUCCCAGUGCUUUGGUCGGGUUGGAGCCAUCCUGGGCCUUCCACCCUUUAGCUUAUUGACCCUGUCCUUCCCCUCACCCCCAGACUCCUGUUAGCCUUGGAAGGGGAAAAGGGGUCUUUAGAGGUGGAUUAAUUUAACCCCCUUCUGUGAAUGUGGCCUGGAACUUAGAAUUUGAGGACACCAGGAGACACAUCUUCCCCAUCCUUGUUUUGCUUCAUUCUGAAUCUGGAAGCUCACUAAAGCACAACAUUGUCUGUUGUCAGUCUGAAAGAGCUCUCAGAAUUUGUUUUAUAGUGAAACAUAAAUUAACAAGUAAAGCCUGGUUACCUGGACGAACCCGCCCCCCGCCCCCCGCCCCCGUGAAAUGUCUGGGCCUGAAGCGUAGCUACUUAGGAGGAGGAUAGGGUGGACUAUGGAGGGCUUUUUUUUCACCGGCUGUAACUUCAGCUCAGAUGGUCCACGGGCUUUCUAAAUGCUUGCCAGUGGCAGAAGUAAUCCCAGGCCCCGCCUGGCAUAGAUGUUUUGAGAGGUACUGCUUGGCCUCACUUCCAUGGGAGGAAUCUAACUAAAUGCUCCAGUACCCCAAGCAUCACUAUUGAAUGUUCUCUUAAUGCAUGUUUUGUUCUCACUCGGCCUUUGACUGAAUUGGAGGCAGCCCUAACUCAGUUCAGCCGGACGGGUGGAGGCCGAGGGCCGUGUAGCGGAGGGCUGCCCUUUCCAGAGUGGGCUGUUUUAGUGGACUGUGAUGAAACUUCGUGUGUGCUUUGAGAAGCCAGCUGGAUUGGGGUGGGUCCUUCCCAGAAAUCCAACCGAUACAUGGAGCCGAUUUGCCAAAAACAAACCCCUCAAGCAACGUCAAUUUUUCUUCCUUACAGAACAAGACAAAUUAGUAAUAUUUUAGUGUUGCCGUUUAACUGCAGGUUUUUUCCUUUAACAAAGUAUUUUCAAUGGAAAAAAAUACACUAAGGUUGUGUGAGUAGCGCAUGUUUCAUUUCUCCUUGUAUGUUUGACUUUUUCCAGAAGAGGAUAGCAGUGGAAUCUUAAAUACCGUGUUUAAAGUCAUAACGUUGUUGCAGCAUAAUUAAGAGAGAUGAUAAGCACUAAAUGAACCUAAAUGGAAACAUCCCAUUCAAAUGUGGGCGCAGCGGAACGAACAGGGUCUUGCUCAGCACUGAUAUCUUGUUGUUCGUGUUGCCAGCCGCAAACCCCUCUCAUCUUUUUCUUCCUGUGCUUCAGCCUUCGCAGUCAGUAAUUGAAUAUUAAGAAAAUAAUUGUUUGAUUUUAUAAAUCACUGAGUUAGGCAACAAGGGUUGUUUUUAGCAUAGCGCUGCAGUUUUUCUUUGUACUUGUUACGUGUGUCAUUUUACAUUUAAUAAAAUGCCUAAAAAUG